UGCACUCGAUUCCUCGAAGCUCGAAGUGGAAGUGAAGUCGAAUAUUUUGUUCUACAUCAUCAGUCUAUCAGUGAUAAUUUCGUCAGAGAAAGGAAGACAAUAAUAAUUUAUCUCUGCAAUUCAGGACUAUAGUGUCUUGACACUUUCUCUAGAUUUUUUCCACCAUUCCUCGGGACAUAGGGCGUAUACAGGUUGGUUUGAGCGAGGACACCACGGAAUCAAGAAGUGUUGAUCCGCGAUCAGAAGGGGUGCAGUAGAAAAACAGCUGGCCUUCGGAAGGGACAGAAGAUUAUUGUGUUCAUUGCAUAUCCAUUGUUGGGUGUCCCCCACCAAAAGACGGCAAACUGAUUGACGGGAACUUCGACUCUCUCCACCUCCCUGGAGCCAUCGGGACCGAAUUCCGGAAUCCCAAGCUAGCAACGGCCAGCGAGUCCGGUCACCAAAUGGCUGAAAUCAAAGCCAUGGAACAUCCGACAUUGAAGGUGCCGUACGAAAUACUGAACAAGAAGUUUCGUAUCGCCCAGAAAACGUUGGACCGCGAGCUUAGCCAGAUUCAGAGUGCCGCGUCCGAGCUGGAACGAGGCCUGACGGACGGAUCGGCCGGUUCGGAGAUAUCCCGCUUGCUAGGCGGUGUGGUCGAGCGACUCCAGGUGCUGAAGCGCAAGGCCGAAGAAAGCAUCUCGGACGAGCUGUCGGCCGGUUUGGUUUGCAAGCGCCGUCUCGAGCAUCUGAAGCAGAAUGCCAAUCCGCCGACGGAUCCGGCCACCAUCGAGCUGCAAGCUGCAGCCACCAAUCAGUGGAAAAAGAUCCGACUUGAUCGUAUGAUUGUCGAGCACUUCCUUCGAUUGGGCUACUACGACACGGCCGAACGGUUGGCCAUACGUAGCGGCAUCCGUGAUCUCACCAAUUUGGAUAUAUUCCAAGUGACCCGCGAGGUUGAACGUGACCUGGCCAACCGUAGCACGGCCAAGUGCAUCGUCUGGUGUAACGACAACAAAUCGAAACUGAAGAAGAUCAAUUCGAACAUCGAGUUUCAGCUGCGAGUUCAGGAGUUUGUAGAGCUGAUCCGGGAGGACAAACGACUGAUGGCGGUCAAACAUGCUCAAAAAUUUUUCCCCGCGUUCGAACACGAACAGCUCAAGGAGAUACGCCAAUGUAUGGCACUGCUCGCUUUUCCGGUAAACACCGAAAUCGAACCAUACAAAACGCUAUUCGAUCCGCAACGCUGGAGCGAUCUGGCGUUGCAUUUCCGACUCGAAAACUAUCGACUGUUUCAGCUGCCGGCCCAAUCGGUACUGAGCGUUACUGUACAGGCAGGAAUUUCAGCGCUGAAGACUCCACAGUGUUACUCAACGACCUCGAAGAACAUGAACUGCCCGGUGUGCCAGAAGAACAUCAACGAAAUUGCCGAACACCUUCCGUUUUCGCACUGCGCUCAGAGUCGGUUGAUUUGCAGAAUCACCGGGAAACCACUGAACGAGCACAACCUACCGAUGAUGCUCCCGAAUGGGCAGAUCUUUGGUCAACAGGCUAUAGACGCGAUGCGCCGCGAAAAUGACGUCAUCGUUUGCCCCAAAACGAAGGAUACCUUCCGCGCGCCAAAGAUCGAAAAAGUGUUCGUUAUGUAGUAGAGGACCAUUGCUAGAAUGUUUCUCUUUAUCUUAGCCAGCAGCACUAUACAGAUAGCGAUCGUCAUCAACCGUCGAUACCGGUACGGAUAUAAAAGAACAUUACCGGUCGGCAGAAAAGCAGAAGGGUGGAGUGCAAGUACGACUUUUUCUGUCGUACUAUCAGGUAUUAGAACGAUUUCUUAACUUUGAAUUCAUCUCACACUUUCUAUUUCUAUCGCCGGAUGGCGUUAGUUGAUGCUUCAGAGCUAGAAAUGAAUAUUUUUUCGGAGUUUUAUAUUAUUUUUUUAAGAUGAGAUUAUCUUUAGAAUCUUUUGUUUUCUUUUAUCGAUUUUAUUUAAUUUCUCAACGGCAGAGUUGAUAAGAUGCAUUGAAUUUUUAUUUUAAUAUCUUCCCAGAAUACUUAGAAUUCAGUCAGUUCUGAAUAAAACGAAUAAACUUAUUUUGCUUUCCACCCUAAACAGAGUUAUAAUAAACACGCUACAGUCAAAUGGCAACAUUUGUUAGCAAACCAAAAGCACCCAAACUAUGCAAAAAAAAAUUAUUUCAUGAGGCGAAAAUAACAGAGGAAUGGAGGUUUUUUUCAUAAACCAAAAUAAUGACAUUAAAUUGUUUCUACUCUUUUAUUUUCAAUAUAUUUUUUUUAUUAUUCAUUAGUUGUAUCUAUGUAGGGAGUCGGACAGCAAUUCGAUGAUUUCAAAUAAAAAAAAAUCUUCUGUUUGACACAUUUUAAGUGAUCGCGUUUUAUCUAAUGAUACGUUAAUUUUCCCUAGCCCUGCAAAACGUCAUGCAAUCAUAAACCUGUGUUAAAACAAAAAUUCUCAAUCAAAUCUAGUGUGGGUAUCGUAGGCGGUAAAUGUGUUAGUUUUUUAACAAACAAAUUGAAAAAAUUCAAUUAUUUGGACACUACCGCACAUCCUCUUUUUGUUAGCUACCUUACUGGUUAGUUUGGUUACCUUCAGUGAUAUGAUAUUAUUCGGAAUCGGGAUAUCGGAUACAUAGGUUCGAUUUUUCACCCAUCGUAUAUUCUACUAAUUGAGCGAAAAUACAAAAAAUAAGCUAAACAAAUAAUAUCUUUACUAUUCUAUUCUACUCAAUAUUCAUCUGUCCAUAGAUUAUAAUACCAUUUUUUCCCUUUUCAUUUCUAAACUCUGAACGGAACAAAGCGAUGUAAUGCAUACAAAUAAAAAAAAAAUAUAAAAAACGCUGAAAAGCAUAUAUCUAAAAUAGAUUUUUACCUUUAUAUCGGAA